AUGGCUCAGUUGGGGCAGUUGAGCCAAUUCCUGGAUAGCCAAGAGCGCAUUGAACGCAUUGAGAACGGAAUUUUGCCCGCGGUGUUCUCGGGGUUGUUGGCUGCUCCCGGGCAGCGGUACAUCCAGGCCGCGGAACCGAUGGCGGGCAAGAGCCAUGUCUUCGCUCGCUUGGCGCUCUUGGGCACCAGCUGGGCUCAGGCCAGCUGGCUCGAGCUCCAGGCCGGCGGCUUUUUGCCCGGCCGCGCCUACCACGGGGGGGCCUGGAGCUCCCAAGCCGACGGCUUCUACGUCUUCGGGGGCUGGGACGGAAGCCACGGCGGCCGCCUCGGCGACCUGCGCCUCUACGAGAGACAGGCGAAUCGCUGGCAGCAGCUGAGCCCAAGCGGCUUCGCACCCGCGGCUCGUGAAGGGCACACAGCGGUGUGGAGCCCUUCGGACGACGGCCUCUAUAUCUUCGGGGGCAACGGCGUCAGCGGCCAAGCAUACGGGCUCUACCUCUACAAGCGUGAGGCGAACCAAUGGCUGCAGCUGAGCCCGGGUGGCUCCGCACCCGACCGCCACCUUCAUGCGGCGGCGUGGAGCCCGGCCGCCGACGGCUUCUACGUCUUCGGGGGCUACGGCUACAACUCCCUCUCCGGUGGCCUCAGUCGCCUGAACGACUUGCACCUCUACGAUCGCCAGGCAAAUCGGUGGCAGCUGCUCAGCCCCAGCGGGUCUCCGCCCAGUGCCCGUACAUGGCACGCGGCCGCAUGGAGCCCUGCCGCCGACGGCCUCUACGUCUUCGGAGGACAAGGCUUCGACGCCACCAUGACAGUCGGUCGCCUGAACGACCUGUACCUCUAUGAGCGCCAGGCGGAUCGCUGGCUGCAAGUGAGCCCCAGUGGCUCUCCACCCAGUGCCCGCGACGGGCACGCCAUGGUCUGGAGCCCUGCCGCCGAUGGCCUCUUCAUUUUCGGCGGCGACGGCGGUAGCGGACCCCUGAGCGACCUACACCUCUAUGAGCGCCAGGCGGACCGCUGGCUGCAGCUGAGCCCAAGCGGGGCCCCAAGCGGCCGAUGGGGUCACGUCGCCUCCUUGAGCCCGCGCGAUGCGCUUUAUGUCUUCGGCGGCUACAACGGAAGCACCGGUGGUGUGCUUUCCGACCUGUACGUGUACGAGUACGAGGCGCUGUCCAGAGGAACGCGGGGCUGGAAAAUCGAGAUCGGCCAUGUCCUUGUGCUUGGGCUCUUCCUUGUCCUGGCGCGGUGA